ACUAAGCAUAAGAAAAAAGCCAUUACAACAACUUGUAUCAAUCCAAUCCCAAAAGUACUGAAAUGAGGAGGGUGACAAGGUUGACCAUCUCGACCAGAGAAGAUGAAAUUUCUAGGAUAGAGAGAACAGAAAUUAGAUACCCCUUGUUGGGUAAGAAAGCUAACAAGCUUCAAAAAUGUGCAUCCAUGAUCCAUUUGCUACUGAUAAAGUUUGCAUCUGACAAGCUAACAAGCUUGAAGGAAAGUAUCCCAAAGUUGUUUUUGAUAAGCAGAAGAUACUGGGAUGCAAAUGGAUAUUGGAAAAGAAGGUUUUAGUGCUUUAAAUUUCUCCAUCUUCAUCCUGUUGCUGUUCAGCUUGCUUCCAUUACAGUGUUGUUCUCAAGUUCAUGACAUAACUCCGUCGCGACCUUUAGCAGAGGGACAAACUAUUGUCUCCCCAGGCAACAUAUUCGAGUUGGGAUUCUUCAGUCCUAAUAAUUCUGCUGCUAAUAAAUAUGUGGGGAUAUGGUACCAGAAUAUACUUCCUCGUAAAGUUGUAUGGGUAGCCAACAGAGAAAAGCCUCUUGCAGUUGCAGACACCGUGGCUAGUUUGAGAAUUAGCAGCAAUGGGACUCUGGAACUUGUAGAUGGGAAGCAGAAUUCUGUUUGGUCAAAUAAUGUUUCAGUGCCAUCUAAUAGUUCUGCAGCUGCCCUUCUUUUAGACGAUGGAAACUUUGUUGUCAAAGUCAAUGCAGGAGCAGCUGAUCAUUUGUGGGAGAGCUUUGAUUAUCCUAGUGACACACUUCUACCUAGUAUGCUUCUGGGAUUUGAUAGUAAAUCCGGAAAGAGGAAUUUCUUGAGUGCCUGGAAAAGUGAGAGUGAUCCAUCAACUGGGAUAUUCUUGGCUGGAUUGACAUUAGAGGUGCCUUCACAGUUGGUGGUUUGGAUCAAUGGAUCAACUCUCAACUGGAGAAGCGGGCCAUGGGAUAAAUCAAAGUUCAUCGGCGUACCCGAAAUGGAUGAUCAAUAUCGAAGCGGAUUUUAUCUAGAUGAAAAUGCGCAACUGGGAACAAAGUAUUUCUCUUUUAAUUUAUUUGAAAAAACUGUGGCAGCAUAUAUGGACAUCUCUUCAGAGGGUGUACUAAAGCUUAUCUAUUCGAAACAUGGCGAGAACUGGAAUACUUUCUGGGAAGCCCCAAAGAGUCCAUGUGACAAUUAUGGAGCAUGUGGACCUUUUGGGGCUUGCAAAGCUUCUGAAUCUCCAAUCUGCAAGUGUUUGAAAGGGUUUGUUCCCAAGUCACUUGAGGAAUGGAGCAAAGGAAACAGGACAGGAGGUUGUGUGAGGAAAACCAAAUUGUUUUGUGAGAGUAACACAAAUCAGUCAGUUGCUUCGAGAGAAAAUGACGAUGGGUUUUGGAAGAUGUCAAGUGUAAAACAACCACAUUUUCAUGAGUAUAUUUCGUCUUUGAGUGCUGAAAACUGCAGGAGACAGUGUCUAGAUAAUUGUUCUUGCUUGGCCUAUACAUAUGUUAAUAAUAUAGGGUGUUUGGUCUGGUCCAAAGACAUUAUUGAUGUUGAGGAGUUUUCAUCUGCUGGACAAGAUCUUUUUAUUCGCCUACGCACAGAAUCUGGUGAAGGAAAGCGAACAAGGAUAAUUGUUAGCCUCACAGUAGCUAUUUGUUUUAUGGGUGUCUUGGUUGCCAUAGUGUUCAUUUUGCACAGGUUGCAAGCGAAACAAACAGGAAACAUCAUAGUAACAAGAAAGUUCAUUGAAUUGAAUGAUACCAUUGGGAAUUCAAGUGCCACUCUUCAAGAAUAUAUCAGACAGCGUGAUCUGUCAGAGUUACUCAUCUAUAAUUUUGAUAACAUAUUGCUUGCUACGAACAAUUUCAGUAUCAAAAACAAACUCGGGGAAGGAGGAUUUGGCCCUGUUUACAAGGGUAAACUGCAAGAAGGGAAGGAAAUAGCAGUAAAAAGACUAUCUAGUAGCUCAGGGCAAGGCAUAGAAGAGUUCAAGAAUGAGAUGCUGUUGAUCUCCAAACUGCAACAUAAAAAUCUUGUUAGGAUCAUGGGCUGCUCUGUCCAGGAUGAUGAGAAGUUAUUAAUUUAUGAGUUCAUGCCAAAUGGAAGCUUGGAUACUCUUCUAUUCAAUCCAAUGACAGGAGGAGCACUGCUUGAUUGGGGUCGACGCUUGAAGAUUAUUCUGGGUGUUGCUAGAGGGCUUCUUUAUCUCCACCAUGAUUCCUGUUUGAAGGUAAUACAUAGAGAUUUGAAGGUCAGUAACAUUCUCUUGGAUGAGAACAUGAACCCAAAAAUUUCAGAUUUUGGAUUGGCACGUAUCGUUCAAGGCACGCAGAGUCUAGCAAAUACUCACAAGGUUGUGGGAACAAUUGGCUAUAUGUCUCCGGAGUAUGCCAUGGGCGGGAUGUUUUCUGAAAAAUCUGAUGUCUAUAGCUUCGGGGUCUUGCUAUUGGAGAUUAUUAGUGGCAAAAAGAAUACCAGCUUCUAUUGCAGUGACCAACAGCUAGGGUUCCUAGCUUAUACAUGGCACUCAUGGAAUGCAGGCAGGGGAUUGGAGUUGGUUGAUGAAGUAUUGGCAAAUUCAUAUUCACCGUCAGAAGUGAUGAGAUGUGUGCAUAUUGGUCUUCUUUGUGUACAGGACAAUGCAGUAGAUAGGCCAACCAUGCCAGAUGUAGUUUCCAUGCUAAGUACUGAGACAGAUCGUCCACAGCCUCACCGGCCUAUAUUUACUGUCCAAAAGUCAGUCUCUGAUCCUCAACCACAGUAUGACAAUAUCUACUCUGGAAAUGAAGCUACCAUUACAGUGAUUCAAGGACGAUAAACAAUAGCAUAUUGUUACAUACAUCACAAUGCUAUGACUUUUUGGUCAUUUUUUGUCAAGUGUUCUUCCUUCUCACACACAUUGAAGGUUUUCCUUUUUGUACAGGAAAGAACCCCUCUCUUGGAGUUCGGGACAGUAAAUGAAGAUAGAUUCUAGACUGGAGCUUUCUUGAUUGUAUACUUUGUUUUUGUCUACAUUGUUAUUCUGAGUGUAAUAUAUCAUAUUAUUCUUAUUAGA